AAAACUUUUCGUUCGGAACCAUCUGACCUGAAGUUAGUGGUGCUCAAACUUUAACGCAACUUGCAUGUCAUAACAUGUAAGGUUUAUAAUUCAGUAUAGUUGCAAAUGUCAACAAUAUCUUUUAACUUACAAAGAUGAAUGAAAACAAGUGUUAUUAAUAUUAAAUUUCCAUUUUCGCACUAACCCUAGUCACAAUGUAUAGUAAUGUACUAAUGUUUUAACUUGUAAAAAGUAAGAUCACCAUUUCUACCACGCAACCAACAUAACACUUUACUGAAAAUACUUAAUCGGCUCAUAAGUUCUAACACAAACGUUUUGGCUAAUAAAAUGUACUACAAAGGUUUCAAUAAAAUAAUGUAGCCAUGAUUUGAAAGCUUGUUUAAUACUCAUUAAAACGUAAAUUAAUUAAUUUAAAAUGUAUAUUGUGAUUUUAUUUAAUUCUUGGUUACAUGGCGAGUGUCGUUGAUCGUGAAAAAUUAUGCGUAACAAAAGGGAGUAAAAAUUAAAACAAUAUUUACAAUUGUUUAUUUGUGUAAAUCUACUUUAUUACAACAAAUCUGUACUUCAGCUAAUACCCUUAAAAGUUAUGGCAAUUUUCAGUAACACGCUUAUUUUUGACUGCCAUACAUUGAGUACAUUUGGUAAGACAUUGUCGCUUUCUUUGUUUUAUGUAAGAUUCAACCAUUUUAAAAUAGAAAAAUAAAUAAAUAAGGAUCAAAACACCUUAAACAGGGCGCGUGUUUAUGUUAUUUCUUUAAUAUAUAAAAUUAUGCAAUUUUACCAUUAAAGAGCUUUAAAACCAUAGUAUAUGUGAAUAAUAAGGGAAAUGUACCUAUAACUUUUUUAUCAGUAAAAACCUUUGUAGCAGAACUUAUGGACCGACUAAGUACAGUCAACAUCAAUAGUAACGGACGAAACAACGCUCCAAAAGUAUCUGACAUUCCUGAUAACUUUUCCAAAUAUAGAUAAAUCUUUGAUAUCACGUGCAAAAGUAUAUCUUUUACAGUCGUAACUGUUCUACAUAUAAAACCAUCACUUUUUGCUCAGCUGUUACAGAAUGGUAGUAGAUACUUCUGACACCUUGUUUGAUCCGUUACUUUUGAUGUUGACUGUACAAUCGACUCUAAGAAAGAUAGAGUCAGACCAAGAUAAGUUGACAGCGAUUUUGAUAGCCCAGACGACACAAGUGUCAAGUAAACGUCUUAAUUUUAUAGCAGUUCGACGUUUAAAAUAACCCGUGCACCGUCUGGGCUAUCAAAAUCGCUGCCAACUUAUCUUGGUUUGAUUCUCUUGUUAAUAUAAGCUUCAAUGAAUAUAAAUUUUCGAGGAAAGUUAUAAUGUUAUUUAAGUAGUUGAAUUUUUUAAUAGGCUUAAUUCUUAAAGUUCGGUUAAAGCGCUGGGCAAGCGAAUGGAAAUGUAAGACAGCGGCGGCCACUGAACACGUCGCGACAGUCGCCGCCGGAGAGGCGCGGCGCGAGCACGCCGCGCCAUGUCCGACCUCUCGCCGAGGUUCGAGGGCGCCGAAUCGUUCAACUACUCUGUUCCCGCGGAUUCUAAUUAUUCCACCUACAUAAAUGAGACUUUUUUUGAUUUCAUCGCGCAUCAAGUUGCAUCCGCCUUGAAUGUUUACUACACACCCUUACUAGUCUCUUUAGGGACAAUCGGAAAUUUGGUUUCAGUAUAUGUUUUCUACAGUAGUAAGUUGAGAUUGCAGUCCACAAGCCAAUAUUUGUCAGCCUUGGCUAUCUCGGAUACGGUGUUCUUAUUCCAACUAAUGAUGCCAUGGCUCGGAGCCGUUAAACUUACCGGUCUGUUUUACACUCAAGGCUUCUGUCAGAUAUUUAUUUACUUUUCUUACGUCACAUGUGACCUGAGUGCAUGGCUGGUGGUAGCGUUUACAGUAGAGCGGUUCGUGGCGGUACUGUACCCACUGCGCCGCAAUGCCAUCUGUACCGUGGCGCGAGCUCGCCACAUCAUCAGCACAAUAGUUGCGUCGGCGCUACUCCUGAACGUACCUGUUCUCAGGUUCGCAGCGCCGGUUAACAACGACUGCAGUAUAGACGUGCAAUACCUCGUUCAUGCAGCCAGAUUUAAUUUGUUGGAUACAGCUGUAUCGUUCACGGUGCCGCUCGGAGUGAUAAUAGUUUUGAAUGUUUGGAUAAUGGUCGGAGUGUACCGGCUAGAGCGUACGCGACACCACCUCAUGAAAACGGAACAGCCCGGGCCCGCGCCGGGCCAACGCACGCGACCUUCGCGGCUGCAGCAAUGCCCGCGUUCCCAGCAACGAGUCACAAGGAUGUUGCUCAUUGUCUCUUCAGUUUUCGUCGUACUUAACAUGCCUGCCUACACCAUGCGCGUUGUUGCUUAUGCAUACAACAUGAGCCUCGACGAAUACAAUGGCCGCUACGCGGCGGUGACGCAGUUGGCGAAUAUGUUCUUCAACACAAACUUCGGCAUCAACUUCAUUCUAUACUGCCUGAGCGGGCAGAACUUCAGGCGAGCGCUUCGUCAAACAAUUCCCUGGCUGAGGAACAGAGCACGCCGCGGGGUGGCCGUCCGGCGCGCAACCUCCUUCCACCCAGCCAGAGCCAGCAGUGUCUCAACAUCAUACGUGAGCAACUACACGGAGGCGACAAGCAACUACGGCGUGUCGUCGGUAACGCCGGGGGUGCGUCGGCGCCGCCGCGACACCUUCAUAACGCGCUGGACCUUCGACAACAGCCGCCGCCGCGCCCCGCCCCCAGAAUUCGAGAUGAAAGUCUUCACACCCAAUUAAACCACCACUUAAUAAAUGAAAUAAUCUCUAACUCAGGUAACCGAUCUAAAGUCUCACGUCCUUAUGUCCAUAAAUGACACCCUACUGUCCCUAUUGCUACGAACUGAGAAAAGUUUCAACUAAUGGGGCGGUGUGGAAUAGCACGAAUUAUUCUUAACUUAGAUAUAAAUCUUAAUACAUAUGGGGAAUGUUGUAGAGUUAUAAGGGCUGGUCUGAAAGUUAUAACUGCUCCGGCUCUACUCAUGCAAUUUGAAUAUUAUUUAUACCAUUGUAAUGGAGCUUUCAGUACUCACUGAUGAGGUGUAAAAUUAUUAAUACUCAUUGAAAUGCCGGCCAUGUGAGCAUGCGACGUCUUAUUUAAACUCAGCAGGUAUUCCCAAAAUGGCACUUCGUAGAGAAUUGCACCUCUCACUUUGUUGUUUCGAGUAUAUAAAACCUCAGAGCUAGAGUAUCUACUCGAAAAGUUUACAUGGCGCGCAAGCAGGUCGAACUUACAUGUCGUCAGAUAGGUUUAUAACAAUUUGAUAUUACCACGUUUCGAGGUAGCUUCCAAUAUAAUAUACCCCCACCCCUUAAAAACACCAUUAGUAGUUUUAAAUUAUGUAUUAAACAGUAUCUUAUAGCAAUACAAAAUACGCUACCUCUUGGUACUAAGGCCACGCUGUUAUAUUUAUAAUAAUAUACACCGAGAUUUCCGUUUAUUUUAAGGGUGCAUUCUUCAGCUUAAAUUAAGCAACUUUUCCAAAGACACCGGCAUUCUAAUUAGCUCAAUUUCGGACAUAAUCUAUAUUUUAUUUUUAUUUGAUAAGGCCCCUAGGACCGUGUUAACUUGCUUAAGGACCUGUUUGCCUAUUGAUUAGUGUUAAGUACGAGUUAAUACAUAUGCUACUAAACCUAAGUACUAAUCUCGGACGAUCGAUGUUCGAAAUGACAUUGAUAUGUCACAGUUUUCAAUUGUUUGGUUGUAGUUAAAUGUAAUACCCAUGGUACAAAAACGCUAUAUGCAACGUUUAAUUACUUUUUAUAAAAAUAAUAAAUAAAUAAGAACAUUUAAAAAAAAUUAACUAUGCCAUUUAGUUUCUUUCAACGUACCCAUACCCCGAAGUUAACGGAAUUCAAUAAAAAUGCGGUGAAGACAUAAGCUAUGUUUAUUUUUUAACUUUUUUUAGCAUAUUACCUGUCUUCUGAUUUCAUACACUUCUUUCAAUACAUAACUCAAUUCAGCUCCCAUCAUUUAUUUAUUUAUAUAUUCUAAAUUACAAUACAUAUAGUACACAUUCAUACAUAUAAACGUAACUCCAAGGCACUCAGUUUUCGACUAACAGCGAGUAAGGAUCAAUAUAACAAGAGUCUGCCGGAAAAACCAGCGUUGUAGUACCAUUGCAACAGUAUGCUGAGGCAAACUCCUAUUUAGCAUCCAUGAAUAUUUUAUAUCUUAAAUGUACGACUCAAUUUUAGUAGUUAUUUAAGUCUAAAUUUAAAGUUUGUUUUGUACUAAAUAUGUUACACCGUUUGUAAGCUCUGUCAUUUCUUGUGUUGUUGAAUAAACAUUUUCUAUGUCUAUGUAAAAAACGUUUAACGCAUUCACUGCCAGGGGGCGUGGCCUAAGAACAAACUUGUAUGAAGGUGAACCAUAUAUGCGUCGGUGGCAGUGAAUGCGUUAACCGAUAGUCAUGGAUCUAUUUUAGGGACUCCAUAUCUGGUAUAAUUUUUAAAACAGUAUUUGCUAAAAAAACAUAUUUUAGGUGCUGCGAAUAUGGGCCGUUCUUUUUGCGUCUAAAUUAUUUUGAUUGAGGAAAUAUAACGAUAAAUAAUUUCAUUAAAAGUAGAGAUUUUAAAUAAUAAAAAACUAUUCACAUUAGUUUAUAAAAAUUUCAUCGUCAUAAGUUGAAUUGUAAUAUCCUUUACACUGGUAUAAAAAAUAAUGUGACCGCGGCAGUAGACCAGGAACUGCUAACAAAUUUCAGACCGGCCCUUAUAUGUUAGUGUUUUGUAAAUAAUAGGUCAAAUUAAUGGUAAUUUAAGUGAUACAGCAUUAAAUCAAUAUGUACUUAUAAUUAAAUAGAAGGUACGUUUUAAAGAGCUGUCUUAGUAUUUUGUAAAUAUGGGGUUUCAUGAAUGCCAAUUUACGAGUAAGUAAUACAUUAUUACAUCAGAAUAAAAUAAAUGUAAUUAAAUAUGCGGUAAUGUUAAUUUAUGUAAUAAAUCUGCGGCGGUAUCAUGGUCGCCUUUUUAUUACUUGUCAUGUCAUGUAUCACUUUCGUACUUACAUACUUGUUAGAGCGUGACAGGCAUGAUGACAGAUGAUAAAACACCGACCAUCUUAGCCCUACAGUUUGUUAAAAUGACAAAAUUAUAAUAUUCAAGAUCUAGUCACCGGAUAAAAUUGAUUUAUGAUUAGACUUAUAUUAUUAGUAUUGUACUUGAAAAAAAGGCAGAAUGUAUGGCACUGCAUAGUUUUUAAGCAUUUGCAUGUCUUGAAGUAGAAGUAUGUUUACUGUUUACAAGAUGGGCCUAAUGAAGAAUGUAUGGCGUAAUUUAAGGCUCGGGGCUCAGUAGAAAAUGGAGCGUAUAUUGCACCCCACUGACGAUAAAGAUUCACAUUCACAAGACGAGUUCCCUUUUUAGAUUAUAACAUUAAUAAUGUUUGCAAAAUUUAUGUUCACACCUGCGUCUAUGUAGACUAACUCAGACGCUCUGAUAUAUUCUAAUAAAACCGGCUAGUAAAAUCCUACAUACCCACACAAAAAGUUCGGAUCUUUACGACACGUCUGUCCUAUGAGAAUUUUUUUCAGGCGAUAUUUAAAUAAAAAACUGGUUUUCUUGUUUUACUAACUUAAUGACAUAAUAAUUAAAGUUUAUUUCACGAAAAAAUUAACAUUUUUUUUACUAACAUGACGUUUCCUUAAGUCACAGAAUACACAAACUCCGAGUUACGAAGUGUUCACUUAGAGGAUGUGGUCACCACAUGCAGGUGCAAUUGUACUUGUUAAGUGCUACGAUUUGGGCAGCACAACCGAGUUCAUUUAACACCAUUUUAUACUAUAAUGACCCAGUUACACCCCCAAAGCAAAAUUUUUGUUAAUAUUUUUAAUUUACACGAAUACUGGAUAUAAUUAUGGACGCAACUGAUUAUAAGUUGGGUGGUCUGUGGUUCUGUACAAAAUAAAUAAAUAAAAUAAAAUAGGUAUCCCUUCAAAAUUUUGAUCAACCCAGAAAAUAUGCUUCAUAUUUUGAAAGUACACUUUGUCGACCCUAUGUAAUGAUUUCCAUUGUAAGUGAUGACACGCAUGACCUGUUAUUUCAAGUUUUAAGUGCGAAUAAUAGUGUGAACAAGUGCGAGGAAAUUCGAAACAAGUGGCGAUAAAUUAAAACACGACCUAAGGGAGUGUUUUAAAUCGACACGGGUCGCGAAUUACCUAUUCGCACAUGUAUCGUACACCGUUUUACAGUACAUAUGGCCCUUUAAAUGUUCGACACAGUAACGUAAUAUGCUAAUUUUCGCACUAGUGCGGUAAAGUAGCACCAUAUGUACUGUAAAAUAAUAAAUAUUGCAACCUACAAAAAUGACGAUACACGCGGCGUUGUACGGAGGUCAACAACUCCCAAUUAAUUUGCUAGUCUCUGGUCAGAUAUUCCAAGUAGCGUAUUCUUAGGACGUUCUAUUUUAUAGAUCAUUACAUUUUAAGUCAGUGUAUUUAGUAGUGAAGUAGCGCCAACAUAAUAAGUGGAAUUAUUUAGUAUUCAAUAAAGUUAUUAAAACAAUUACAACUACAUACUUUUCUUAAUUUUACCUUCUAUCUAUACACGGUGAAACACAAGGAAAAACCGAAAGAUUUUAACCACGCACUUCUGAGGCUAAAAGAAGAAAAAAUGUUAUAUGACUUCCAAAGGCAAACUUAUUGUAAAAAACCGGCCAAGUGCGAGUCGGACACGCACAGGAAGGGUUCCGUACCAUUAUCUAUAAAAACGGUCACCCAUCCAAGUACUGACCCCGCCCGACGUUGCUUAACGUCGGUGAUUGGAUGAGAACCUCGAGAUUGGAAAUAAAUAUUUAUUUUAUUCUAUUUUUAGUACUUGUUAUAGCGGCAACAGAAAUACAUAAUCUGUAGAAAUUUGAACUGGCUGACUAUCACGGUUCAUGAGAUACAUCCUGGUGACAGACGGACGGACGGACGGACAGCGGAGUCUCAGUUAUAGGGUUCCGUUUGACCCUUUGGGUACGGAACCCUAAAAAGGUGCUAACAAACAUGAAUGCUUUAAAAACAGAUAACAUAUCUCUACUAAUAGGUAUAGAGUUACUAAAAUAAAAUUUUCUUCACACUGGCUCGAAAAAGAUCUUUUUUCAUGCAGGUGUACUGAAGGACAAAGGCCUAUUUAGUUCCCGUGGGAGUUAUGGAUUGUAAAAAAAAAAGCUAGAACUCCCUAGGGAGUUAAAGUUUUUUCUUAUCAUGUCACUUAUUCAUACAAACCAAGUAGCAUAAGUGGGUUUUACUUUUAAAAUACUGGCGUUUAUAAUUUAAUAUUUUUGUUUAUGUUUAAAAUUAUUUUGUUUCAUUAAUUUAAUAGCCGUUUAUAAUAUUUUUACAUAAUUUUCAAUCGUGGCUGAAUGCCGAAUAGGUCUGUGCCUUCGAUGCCUAACCUGUCCAGAUAUGUCACCGCAUUUAAGAAUUAUUUCGCCUAAAACUUAGUUUUUUCUUCGCAAGUGUGAUGAAAAACAUUGUGUGUGACUGGUGUGAGGGGUACGAAUAUUGCAAACUCGGGUCUUUAAUUCCCUCCAGCCUGCGGCAGUCGGGAAUUACCACCCUCGUAUCCAUAAUUUCACUUUCCCCCCUCGUUGCACAAUGUACUAUUCAUUCACGCAACACUGACAAAGUGGGCGUAAAUUAAAUACGUAAUUCAAUAGGUCACACAGUCACACAGAUCAUAUUGGGAGAAAAAAAAUGUAUUUUAAAGAUAUACAGUAAAAUAACUAUACUAAACGUUCACAUAGUUAUUUGGGCUUUGGCCGGCCAUGGCAGGAAACCAAAUAUUUCAUAAAAUUGGUACCUAUGUUAGUUCUCCUCCACUCAAUUUCCGUAAGAUAAUACAUUUUAAUAACUUUAUACAAUUACCCCCUUAUUCAUAACAUAAACGUCUACUAAAGUUGACAAGCCGCUAAUAAUCGUUUGUCUCUUUCCAUCAUACCAAUACGUCGGAAAGGGACAAACGAUUAUUAGAGGCUUGUUAACUUUAGUAGACGUUUAUGAAUAAGGG